GUGAAACGAUUGCAAGUGGUUUUUGUGUGAAAUCAAUUUGUCAAUUUAGUGGUAUUGCGCGCGCGAAAAUCGGGAGAUCGAUCGAUCUGCGUACUCAGUCUAGUGACUACUAUCGACCGCAUCUGUCUGCUGCGUGUGUGUACUAUGUUAGUGGUAUUGCGUUUCGGUGUGCUUUUGAUUUCGCAUUGUAAUAUCUAAACAAGCGACGAAUAUGCCGAAAUCUAUACCUGCAAGGUGGUUGGAAUAUAAACCCUAUGGCACGGUGAUCUGUGGCACAAAAAUUCUACCCUUUAAAGUGCCACUGAAAGAGGCGGUAAGCAACAAUUUAGAGCCGAAAAAACGGUUUACAGUUUCGGUGCUGGUUCAAGCGUUUCCGCGCAUCAAGUGCAUCAUCGAUUUGACAAAUACGGAUCGUUACUAUGACGAAAAGGAAUUCACAAACUCCGGCAUCAAGUAUGAAAAAAUCAUGGUUCGUGGGCGGGAAGUUCCCUCUGUGGACGUGAUGAACAAAUUCUUUAAAACGAUGGAUGAUUUCACGUCAGCUUGCGGCGAAGACGAUAUUGUAGGAGUUCACUGCACUCACGGUGUAAACCGUUCCGGAUACCUGAUUUGCAGAUAUCUCGUACAGCAACUGGGUUGGAAGCUCGACGAUUGCUUGAAAGCGUUCGAGGCGGCUCGCGGCUACCCGAUCGAGCGGCGAAUCUAUCUGAACGCGUUGCAGAGAACGCCGCGCGAGAAAGUCGACACGAGCAAGAUCAGCGCGGAGCUACCGGCAAGCCAGCCACCAGCGAUCCGAAAGCGCGUACCGUUCAAACACCCGUACCCGAUGCCGCCAAAUUUCGCGGCCAAGCGACGCGGUUUCGCGAAAGACGGCGGCCCGUUCUCGCUGCUGCCGCCCCCUCCGCCCCCGCCGCCGCAUUUCGCUUUCGGCGGUCCGCCGCCAGCGCCGUUUCGUUCCAUGCCACCGCUUGGCAUGCUGCCUCCGCCUCCGCCGCCACCGGCGCCAUCGCCGUUAGGCCAUCCGCCGCCGAUGUACAGGCCGAGGCUGUUCAGGUACGGACCACCGCCGCGACCAGCCAUGCAUCCACCGCCACCAGGAUUCCCUGUUCCAGGUUUCCCGCCACCAUGUCCGUCCAGGACAGGGAGAUUGCCGCCGAGGUUACCGGCGUCAAAAAUGCCUCCGCCACCAACUCCUCCGCCACCACCGCCUCCUCCUCCCCCAGCCCCUCCUAUCCUACCACCGUCGCGGCUCAAGCACCAAGCGAUGCCGAAGCGACUGCAACCGCAGAAACGAAAGUCGCAAGUGCGAAAUGGCUUUGUGACGCCGGUUAGGAACACUGUCGAUCGGCUCAGGCAGACUAGCCAGAGCGGUUGCGACAGGAUAUUGCCGAAGUUGAUGAAAGAGCAGGAUUUUACGGUCGAUACCUUUGAGGAGAAUUUGCUCGCCGUCGUCUCGAGCCAAUCGAGCGGCAGGCGGUCGGCCAGGGGGAGGUUCCGUCAGAUCAAGUGACGACGUGCCAUUUAGGAGUCACUGUCUGUAUAUGUUAUAUGUAUAAUUACUCGUUUAACGACAAGCCUUUACCCGAGUUUCGUUGCUCCCUUCAGAGGACCGAUUCCCGUUGUCCAUCGGUCAGAGAGAUUAAGUAUUGCGGAUUUUUUGUCGAUUUUUCCGACAGCUUGGGCAGCGAGGAAUCAGUGUCACUCGUCGAACAGAAUAUUUGUACAAAGUAUCUGUGAAAUUUAUAUAUUACGAGAGAAAGAGAAAGAGAGAGAGAGAGAGAGAUUGAUGCUCUUACUCCUUUCUUCUUUCCCCCAUGUCCCAGCACGCCAACACGUUCUCGUCACUAAUGAAAAUAUAAAUACAUUUUCGUUACGUCGAUCCACUGUUAACGCGAUCCGAUCCAUCGUUUGAUCCUCCUCGAUCCAAUUGAUCAUGGUUUGUACAAUGUAGACGUCCGAGGAUUACGAUUUAGUACUUAAUUAAAACGACUUACUUAAUUAAAAGCGAGCGAUCCAACUGUGGGGAUCGCGUUUAGAUCUCUGCGCCUUGGUUUUAGAGUGAAAAUAAACCUUUAUCGGGCAGUGUUUCAUUCA